AUGAAUUCAGCUGGAGACCGAUCCGUCAUCUCAAAUGACAUGGAGGAGCUUCGCCAGGGCGGCGAGGAAAUCUCCCACAAAAUCCAAGGACACAAGGCGAACCUGUCCAACCCCAACACGAGCCAGGCCAGCAAGGAGAAUAGCAAGCGUGAGAUUGAGCAGCUAGGCGGGGACGAUAAUCUGUAUGGCAAGGAGGAAAAUCCCAGGAGUAAGAGUGCGGCUGAGCAGUUGGAGGGGAGUCGAGCAAGUACGUAG